AUGACUGCGAACUCACUCAACCUCAUCGACCUCAACGACUACCUCGGGCCAUCCCAGCUAUGCACCAAACCAAACAUACCUCAAGCAAAGCAAGAGCCACCCUCGCUCUCCAAAACACUGAUCUCACUCGAUGACCAGCCACCACCACCACCACCACUCAACGAACCUCUUCCCAAGGCACAAAUCACCCUGAAUGACUGUCUGGCUUGCAGUGGCUGUAUAACCUCAUCGGAGUCCAUCCUUGUCUCCCUCCAAUCAGUCCAAGAGGUCCGCAAAGAGAUCCUCAAACCAAACCGCUAUCCGAUCCUCUCGAUCUCCUCUCACUCCCUGGCUUCCUUCGUUGCAUACAACCAAUUGGACUCUCUGUCGACCGGAUUCAAAGUCUUGAAGAAAUACUUCACCCGCUCACACAACUUUGCGCUCGUCCUCGACACCAACUUUGCGCAGCGACUGCAUCUGCUCGAGAGUCAGAGAGAGUUCAAGGAACAGAGACGGCGACAGGAGGAAGGGAGUCGUCGUUCUGCCAAGUCCCCAAUCCUCGCCAGUAGCUGUCCGGCAUGGAUCUGCUAUGCGGAGAAGACCCAGGGGAAGAACGGGAUCCUGGAGAUGAUCAGUCGGGUCAAAUCAGCCCAGCAGAUCCAGGGCGCGCUGCUGAAGAGCCCCCGCUUUGCGGCCUCCGUUGGACUCGGCUCGGUUGAGGAGAUCUACCACGUCUGUGUCAUGUCCUGCUACGAUAAAAAGCUCGAGGCCAGUCGGCCGGAUUUUCAGAGCGAUGACGAGCGGAUCAAGGACGUUGAUUGCGUGCUGACGACCCGUGAAGUUCAGGAUAUGAUCCAGGAGGACGGAUUCGAUAUCGUCGAGGCAGCCCAAGAAACUGAGGAAUCCGAACCGCCCAUCGACUGUCAUCGUCCCAACAACCAGGUCGGCAUCCCCAUCUGGAUCGAUCGUCCCCCACCCAUAGGAUCAAGCAGUGGAGGAUACCUGUUUAACUUACUCAGGGCUAGUGUUCCCACGGAUCGAGGGAAUCUUCACGAUCGACUGAGACUGACUGUGGACCGAAAGCGGGGAUCGGACUACGUCGAGUUCCGGCUCCAACUCGCCCAUGCUUCUUUGCCUCCUAACGGCAUCCAGGAUGGCGUGUCGACGGAGGAACUGGAAACGUUGUUCUAUGGGGCACUCUUCUACGGGUUCAAGAACCUCCAGAACCUGAUCCGGAAGAUCGCCCCAUCAGCCUCAUCAUCCACAGGGACGACGAAUCCGAGAGCCCGGGUGAUGGGGCGAAGACGGAAGGAGCAGCAGCAGGGCGCGGAUGGCGCAAGGGGGGAGGCCGGACGGACGUACGACUUUGUCGAGGUCAUGGCCUGUCCCUCGGGCUGUGUCAACGGCGGGGGACAGAUCCCGAUCGGCACCCACCUCGGCAGCAUCCCAUCGUCGUCUGGAGGACCGACGAACAAACAAUGGAUCGCCAAGCUCGAGCAGGUCUACUUCCAAUCCCCAUCAUCCACCUGCCCGUCAUCGGAGGACCCUCAGCAGCUCAUCCACUCGGCCGGCUUGGCCGACACCUUGUAUGUUGCUGACCAACACGACGCCAGCGACCACGCCUUCAUUCACUCUUGGAUGGAGGCCUGGGGGUUCCUGGCCGACCAAGCCUCCAGGGAUCGCACCUUCUUGACUUCCUACAGGGCCGUCGAACCUGAAUCUAACGGGUUCGCUGUCCAAUGGUAG